CAGCUCCAGGCUGCUGGCUCACCUCUUGCCCACUCCCUGCAGACCCAGCCACCACAUCCUUGCAACUUUGUGGCAGCACCUGGAUGAGACAGAAGCUUGGUCUGGAUAGGGGGCUCAUAAGUUGCUCAGGAUACAGAUUUUCCCAUGGCGCAGAACCCUUCCCCCUUUCUGACAAGCUGAGGGACCUGCCCUCGAGUCACACAGCUGGGAGGCCGGAUGCAGUCCUAGUCUGCCUUCUUCCCUCCGCCAGCGCUGUGGGGUUCCAUUUCCUUCCGGACUGUUGUGCAGUGCAACUCCUGCACUAGCAGGUUCCAAACUGCAGCAGGAACGCAGCAUGCAGGAGCAGCGGGAGCAUGGGGGGAGCGGUGACCCCGUGCAGCCAGCCCUUUAGCGUCCUCGAAUAGGGACACGACGACCGGGGUAGGGAGUCCCGGGUCUGAAGCUGCCGGGGUCAGCGCCCUCCACCUGCGCGCCGCGCCCCGCCCCAGCCUGCCCCGGCCCGCCCCCUGCGGGGAGUGUCCCGGGGGCCUCGCCCAACUGGGCGGGGAACGGCGGGCUGAGCUGCUUCGGCGCAACUAGGGACUUGCGGACGCCCGGGGAUCGCUUGGGUGUUGCAGCGGUUGCUACGCCUAACCGGGAACGCACCAUGCUGAGCCGGCGCCGCGUCUUUGCGGUGGAGCGACUUGGUAGCCGGGACGGGGCCUUUGAGGACCGAGCACAAGGCUGUGUGGUGCCAGGAGUUACCUGCACCUACAGACGGAUACCAGAUAAAACUCAUGGAUGUUCACUGGACUUCAAAGAAGGACAGAUGCCACUUCUGAAACUGGCUUCCCAGGACUCAGGCAUGGAGACGGUGGUUGAGGACAGUCCGUUGGCUACCUUGUCGGGAGUUUCUCAAGAUUCUCUGAACCUUGAACCCAUGGGAAGCCCUGAGCUGCCUUCUGCCCAGCUAGACCGGCUGCUGGCCCGACAGAAGCUGGAACGGGUGCUGGAGAGGUCUCGAGAGUUUCCCAGCUUGUCCCGCAGGCGCUGUUCCCUGCAGCUGCUGAGCAAGCCUGUAGGUGGAGUGCCCAUCUUUGCUGGGGAACUAGAAUCCACUGAGGCAGACCCUGAGCUAGAGGCUGGUCUGGAAGAAGCAAAGGUGGUGGGUGAUAUGGAGUCUGAAGCAUUGACCUGCCUUCCAGGGCAGGGUUUACGUUACCUGGAACACCUGUGCCUUGUGCUGGAGCAGAUGGCGAGGCUUCAGCAGCUGUACCUGCAGCUGCAGACCCAGAGGCCCUCUAGGGAUCCCGAGGAGGAAGAACUGGCUCUUUCAUCUUUACAUAUUCCAGACACUAGGGUGCAAGGGCAUAGAGAGCAGCUUAGCCAGACAAGGGACCCAGGUGCAGAGGCGGCUGCACUCCCAGAGAUGGGGGCGCUCAUUGCCAACCCUCCCAGGCUGCCAGAGGCCUUGCUGGAAUCAACCCACAUCCUUCCAUCCUCCCAGGGACACAAGCAGGAUCUCUCCCACUGGGACAAGGUCAAGGUCCUGCUCAAUCGGAUCCGCUGGAGGAGCCCUCGACUCCCUGAGCCUCCUGCCCCUCCUGAUAGUUCUGGACCCAGGAUGGAGUUCAGGAACCUUUCUGAAAGGACUCAGUACCACUCCCACCGGAAGACCUUUAUCCCAACAUUGGUGAUUAAGAAACCACGAGCAAAAAACCUUUCUGUAUGAUCUCUUGGUGUGCCUGGUGACCUUAGGUGGAGAGAAUUUGCCAUGAAGUCCCUCACCUUUUGGUUUACUGCUGUGUCUCUGCACUGCCAGGAAAGGCUAUUUGGGCUUGUUCCUUUUCAAGAUGACGGCAGAGUCCUUCUCUAAGCAGCAUGGCCAAGGAGCCCUGGUUCCCUGCGAGAGGCUCAAGUGCAGUUCUGGCCAUUUUCGAGGGUUCUUACUCCUUGUCAGAAAUCUCUGGGCUCAGACAAUGUGAAUGGACUUAUUUAUCAGGUGCUCCCAGAGCGUGGUUAGUAUGGUAAUGUGCCAGCAUGUUGCAGGUGUAUGUUUAUGCAAUCUUUGUUGGACUGUCAACUGCCUGGAUUCAGUCUUCUGGCGGAAUCACGCAUCCAAAGGGCUGGUGCUUUGGGUGUGACUGUGGAAGGACGGGCACAGAUCUUCAUUCUGCAACAGACAGUUACCGAUGUGGAUUUCCAAUUUCUUCCUCAUAUCUGAGAUGGCAGACCUGGGACAGAGAACAACGCUGCCUUGGGUAACUUUGUAUUGAGUCAUGGCUCUGGAGCACAGCCUGUGAAGACUGAAUGAGCAAUGGGGGGGGCGGGGUCGAUCAAGCACAAUGUGAAGAAUAGCAAAUAACUUUCAAGGUCAAUUCUAAGUUGCUGUGUUCUAUCCUGGAGUUUAGACCAUGGCAAUGUCUCCUAAUUUGUGAACCACAACUUCCUACUUGGGAUGAUGCCUGCCUUACCUACCUCAUAAGCUUGUUAGGAGGAUAAAGUGACAUUAAACUCUCUCAAUGUGU